CACGUGCGCGCGCCGUAACGUACAUCGUCUAUCUGUAGAGUAGAGUAGCGCAUCCGCAGUUGCUGAUGUAUACAAAGGCAACCACAAACGCGGCACUAGUGGAUGAUUUGUAGUGGUCUCGAACUCUCGAUGUAGUCUGUCGACUGGUAGUUUAGUCAUCGAAGGGCUUGCAUUUCGCGAGAUGCUGGCUAAAUCCACAUGGGCAUCAUAUAUUCAUGCCGUUUCGUAGUAGUAUAGUCUAGAAGCCACUUGCGCUGACGGCGUCAUGCUGGGCAAUCUUCCAUGUACGAAAGCAAAAUUCUUUGCGCUCUAUGGUACUUAAGCGGCCUGCCACCCAACUCUCACAAAACUUGUAACUUGAACCUUCCUAUGCACUGUUACUUGUGUGUUGUCACCAAAGAUACGUAAAGGUAGCAAGCUUGCAGCGAUGCAACGUUGUUAGGCUUGCAGCUAAACAUAGUAAGCAGGGAUUUUGGCGUUUCAGGGUUUCGCUGUACUCCCAAUUAAGUAAGUUACACAUGAGCCUUGUUAUCUAGUUAUCUAGACACAAACGGCGGAAGCCGUGCUUAGGCCGUGGUCACCCGCCGUCCCUGCGCUUUCGGCAAAAGGUAAAGCAAUUCUUGUGGCAGUUUCCAACUUGUUUAUGUCCUGAAAGAGGCAAGGUUGUUGGUCACAUAGUACGUAGGGGGUGUCGCUGAGUUGUCUGUCAUCCCUUCCCUUAAAGCCCAGAUCCCGGGUGUAUGUGCAGGUCACCGGCACCAUGCAAGCAUUCUUCACUAUCCUGGUCGCGCUUGCUUGCUUGCCAGCGACAACUCUGGCCGCACGAAACGCGUUCCUAACGAAGCCCAUGAGCGACGUCGAGACCACUGCCUGGCAUAACCCGCAAGCUGAUAACGUGGAAAUGCUUUCGAUGCGCGACUUUGACGCUGUGGAAAUUCUUCGCUACGAGUACGAGGCCCUGGACAUAUUCUUAGACAAGGAACUCCAGUAUUUUGGUUCGUACGGAGGCUACGGGGGCUAUGCGGGGUACGGCUUUUAUGGCUAUUACGGCGAGUUCGAGCGCUCCAUCACCUUCAUGUACGGCGGAGGCGUCCAAGAGGACUACUCCUUCACGCCAGAGGCCCUGGUAUCCGGCGAGUACAUGAUGGAGGACUCCGAGCACCGCCACAUACCCAACCCAAAUCAGCUGUCCAAAUCCCGUCGACGGAGCUUGCUCGCCACCAACGUCGACGAUCUCAGCGCCACUGUCGGGCCGUCCUAUGGUGGGCCGUUGUAUGGAGGGGAUUGGAGUGACUCAGGCGAUGUGGGUCGGCGUGUCUUGUACGGCACCCACAGCGGCUAUUAUGGCGGCGUCUACUACGGCAGCUACUUACGGCCGCUUAUGGCUUUCGGUGGGUAUUAUGGCGGGAGUGGAAGGGUCACGGAGGAGGCGGAGCAGGGCUGGUCGGACAGCUUGCUUGGGGAACUGGCGAAGGAGGCACGCUGAGAGGAGAGAAGUCGGCAGGACUGGGGAAUGGGGUGCUACCAGAACUUGGGAGCUAUGGAAAAGCUUUUAUGCAGGGUUAUACAUAUGUAUUCUUUCUCUCUUUGUGCCUAAGCAGGGUGCUUGGGAUAGCCUGACAGCGGGCCUAGUACGGUUUUAUGUGUUAGGUGGAUGGCAUACCACCUCCCAUGUAUACGAGUACCAAUUGACUAUGAUAUGUGUUUCGAACGGCCGAACAGGGAUCUCUAGGGAUAGGCGUUAUGCACUUUAGUGGUAGUCCACAAUUAUGCGCGCAAGCUAUUGCUGGGCGUAUGGCAUCUGUACAUAGCUACACAGCGGAAGGUGGUUUACGUGUGUAUGUUGGAUGCGGGUGUGCUUGCGAGCGCAGCGGAGCGAAAGGGGAAACACCAAUGUAUGUUCGCAGAAGUUUGUGUCUGCAUGGGACUUACGACCACGUGGUUUACGACGACGGCAACGGGCUUUGCUCUGGAUCUUCCUUUUAUGCGUAUUAAACACCUGCGUGGCAUGCAUAUUGCAUGCAAUAGCGCUUUCUUUUGCAAGUGACGAGGGAACGAGGGACGAGGGAAGUAUGCGAUACUAAUC